AUGAUGACCUUCAAGAGCCUCCUCGCGCGGCUCGCCCCCCCGCCCAACAAGUCCGCCGACGGGCGCGACCAGUGGCCCUCGCGCGCGGCCUUCCUGCUCGCCUCGAUGGGCGGCUGCGCCGGCAUGGGCAACCUCCUGCGGUACCCGUCGCAGGUCUUCAACAACCACGGCCUGCAGUGGUUCCUCCCCUACCUGCUAUGCGUCUUCCUCAUCGCCAUCCCCGUCCUCGCCCUCGAGAUCGCCGUCGGCCAGGCCUACCGCGGCGGCUGCGUCGUCGCCUACUCGAGCGUCGGCCACCGCCUGCGCGGCGUCGGCCUCAGCAUGCUGUACGUCGGCUUCGUCGUGAGCCCCUACUUCGUCGCCAACCUCGCCUGGAUCAUGGUGUAUUUCCGCAACUCCUUCACCAGCCCGCUGCCUUGGGAGGGCCGCGGCGAGGAGUUCUUUGAGCGCGACGUCGUUGCCAACGUCGACCCCAUUCCGGGUAACUUUACCGCUGAUGGCUCCGCCGUGCUCGACUACACAGAGUAUCCCGGCGUGGCACUCAUCGGCGAGACGGUCGGCUGGGCGGCGUUUACCUGGCUGCUAGUCUGGCUGUCCAUCUUCCGCGGCGUGGGCCUCACCGGCCGAGUCGUCUACUUCACCAUGGGCCUCCCCAUCGUCGUCACGCUCAUCCUCAUCGGGCGCGCGCUCUCGCUGGAGGAUGCCGCACGUGGCGUGCGCCUCUUCUGGGCGACAUGGAACGGCGAGCAGCUCGGCCGCGGGCAGAUCUGGCAGACGGCAUGCGGACAAGUUUUCUUCUCCACGGGCGUCGGCUUCGGCUACUUUACUACCUACGCCUCGUAUAACCAAAAGUACUCCAACGCAGUCAUGGAUGCCAUCCUCAUCGUGUCCAGCAACGUGCUGUUUGAGAACAUCGCCGCCUUUGCCGUGUAUGGCGUCGUCGGCUUCCUUGGUCUGUUUCCCGAGGACGGGGUGCGGCUAGGCAGCUUCGAGGUCGGCUUCAUCACGCUGCCGUCUGCCGUGGCGCAGAUGCCGGGCGCCAACUUCUGGGCGGUGCUUCUCUUUUUCACGCUCAUGGUGCUUGGCUAUAGCUCUGCCUUUGCCAUGGUCGACGCCCUCGUCACGCUCGUCAUGGAUGCGCGGCCACGCUGGAGCCGACCGCUCGUCGUCUCGGCCAUCGUCAUCGUCUUCUUUCUUCUUUCGCUGCCGUAUUGCACACAGUUCGGCUACUAUCUACUCACUGGAAUCGAUCGAUGGACCAACGACGUGGCCCUCGUGUUCGUUGUCUGGGCCGAGUGCGUGUCGUCCACCACGGUGUACCGCUGGAAGGAUGUCGUCGGCCAGGUCGGACUGCCUUCGUUUGCGAUAUACAAUGCCGGCUACUUUGGUGGCAUGAUACUCGGCGUGACAAUAGCGCAGGCCGUGUCCCCCGCCGCAGGAGCUGGAGUCGGGUUUGGCCUAUUUAUCGUGUGCACACUCGUUGCGGUCUUGACCGGCAAGGUCCCGGAAGCUGCAGCUCCUCGAGUAUGGAACAAGAGCCUCUUCAGCAGGAGGCUCUGGUUUGUUGCUUUCUACUCCGUGAGUCCCUUCCUUUACCCCCGCGGCACCAUCGAUGCAGACGCUAACUUGGCCAAGGGCAACCAACUCCGUCGCGACCUCAACCAAGUCGUUGCCCGCGGCAAGAACUGGUCUCUCCCGUCCUUUUGGGGCCCGCUCAUCCGCUACAUAUCCGCGCCGAUCCUCGCCAUCGUAUACAGCUUCUCCUACCCGUCGUUCUACGAGCUGCGCGAGGACCCUCUCCACAUUCUGGGCUUCGGCGUCGGCCACAUCGCGCUGAUCCUGGUAGCCGGGGGCUUCCUAUUCCCGCGCUGGCUGGCACCUCUGGUGCCCGCCUCCCGUCGCGGAGAAGGCAAGCUCGACAUUGGCGCCAACGUGAUCCCCAAGAGCGACGAUGGGGACACGAUUGACAGUGUAGAGGUCGGCAAUGGCGCUGGGGACAUGACGGAUCGCGCUCCCGAGUCGGAGGGUGUGCGCGGUGUUCCCGACGCAGACCCGGACGAGAAGAAACCUGUGCUGGAUCGAGCGUAG